UCUUUAAAGUGGUCUGCUCUGUCUUGCUGCCAUGUUGGAUGUACGCAUCGCCGCUGCAGCUGCAGGAGUUUCCGAAUGAAAGUUGAGCAUUUAUCCGAGUUUAAACACACUGCGAGCUCUUAAUUUCUGUAUUUAACACUAAACGGAGAAGUUACGGUUCUUUCUUGAGCAGAAGCAAGCCUGGAAAACACCCCCGUCCUCCUCCGCCCUCCAGCCGGGAGUCGGACUCAGCGGAGAUGAUCCGGUUGCAGGCCACAGCAACCGGAGCCCGCAUGGAUUUUCUGUAAUUAGUAGUGUUUGCUGAGUCCGUCCAGGGAUAACUGCAUCGUUUCGGGGUAAACUAGAAGAAUACGGAGCCAUGAACAGCCACCCGCCGCCCCGCAGGUCUGUUAACGUCGGCUCCAUCCUCCUGACCCCGCAGGAGAACGAGUGCCUAUUCGGCUACCUGGGCAGGAAAUGCGCCACUCUGUGUUCGGCAGUGGUCCAGGUGUAUGGCACAGACCGGAGCUGCAGCUGGGUGAAGAGGUGCUGUGGAGUGGCCUGCUUGGUCAAAGACAACCCACAGAGGUCCUACUUCAUCAGAGUGUUUGACAUCAAGGAAGGGAAAACCAUGUUUGAACAGGAACUGUACCACAACUUCUCCAUCAGCAGCUCCAGAUCUUACUUUGUCUCAUUUGCAGGAGAUACCUGUCAGAUCGGUCUGAACUUCGCCAGUGAAGAAGAGGCCAAAAGAUUCAGAGCUGCUAUCAAUGACCUGCUCAACCGACGACAACGUAAAACCGAGAAGAGAGGUGACCCUAGAAAUGGUCCAGCUCUGCACAUGGCCACAGUGGACAUCAAGAACCCGGAGAUCAACAACGUCCGAUUCCACAACUCCCACAGUCACCAGCAGCCAUACCACCUCAACAACAUGCUGAGCCACAGCGGGCUAACUCGGAAGGACAAGAAGAACAAAGGCAAGAAGAAGAAACUGACCAAGGCCGACAUUGGCACGCCCAGCAACUUCCAGCACAUUGGUCACGUGGGCUGGGAUCCGAACACAGGUUUUGAUCUGAACAACCUGGACCCUGAACUAAAGAACCUGUUCGACAUGUGCGGCAUCUCUGAGGCUCAACUGAAGGACAGAGAGACAUCCAAGGUCAUCUACGACUUCAUCGAGAAGAAGGGUGGCGUAGAGGCCGUCAAGAACGAGCUGAGGAGGCAGG